CGGAACCUGUAUCGGAAUGCCAUGGAAAUAUUUUUAGCCAAAUUUUAUGUUGUGUCCCACUGUUCCAGGCCGGUUUUUCUUUCCUUCCAGCUUGAUCAAUAGUGUGCGUGCAAAAGGGCAGAAAAGUACAGGGUUCGUAUGCAUGGAAAAUGUCCGCUGAAGAUAAGCAUUGAACGAUCAUGCAAAAAUGUUUGACAAAAAAUAGAAAAUCACAUUUAUAAUUAGAUAAUUUGCAAAAUAUGAAUUGAUUUGAAUUGAAUUAAAGUAAAAUCUGUUCAACACACCAAUUCUCGCAUUUACCGCCAUCUCCACCAUACGCGCAUCGGGUCAAACCGUGUACACUUGUUUCUUUUGGUGAUGUGUGCGUAAGAUCUCGCUUGUCUUCGGUUCAAACGAUCGCAAGACGCAUCUCGCCACUAGUACCAACUCGUUCGCGCAACAUAACGGUCGUCGAAAGGGCACACACCGAUCGUGGGCAACUUUAGAGCAAUUGCAGUGACUGAAGUUUCAGUGGAGAAACGUGUUUUGCGUUGACAAAGCUUGCCUAGCCUUUUGCUAUUCGUGUGAGAACGAGGGAUUUGCACCAAAAAUUCCUUGACGCUUUCCGCGACUGUGCCAAUCGUGUUUACCAGCAACGUUCCAGCAGUGGCCUAAGCUAGCCGACGGGUAGGAUUAAGUAGUUGAUCUUUCAAAUCAAUACGAGUGUUGAGCAAAAAAAAAAGGGCGUGCAUACAGGCCAAGAAUAAGGGCAGUGUGUUCGAUCUAGCUGUGGUAAGAAGGUGGCCAAAUGUGUUGUGUGAAAUGUUCGAGUAGUGUUCCGACACUACCGAAAUAGUGUUGUGCUCGAGCUGAAACUCGACAGAAACGGCGUUUUAUUAAGCGGCUCUCCUUCGGGAGCAAUUUUGUGCAAAAGGGGAAAGAAUACGUACGGAAAUUCCAACCCGAUGGCAGCGAUGGCCGUACACGCCCGUUCCUGCUUGUGUGUCUAAAAGUUGAGUGUGCGUGUGGUGUUUGGUUGCGAAGAAUGGUCAACGCGCGAGCGAGAUAGUGUGAGGGCAGGGCAAAUAAGCGAAAAAGGAAUAAAACAAGUGCAAGAGAGAAAAUUACAAUAUACAGGAAUUUGGUAAAAUAUUUCCACGAGUUUCACGUCCAAGGAACGAGGAUCGACGGUGUAUGGCAGAGUUUCGAAUGCCAAUGCCAUAGAAAAGCGCACCGCGAACGAGUACAGCACGUGUGUGCAUCGAGUGCGUAUUAGGAUAAAAAAAAAAUCCCAUCGAAACAAAUUGCAGAUUCUAACUCGAAUGUCCCGAAGUUAAAGUUCUUUUCACUACGAAGUUGCGUCUAACGACAGUGCUCAAUCAACAUCAAGUUAAACUUUGUGCGUACAUAGAGGUGGUGGAAAUAGAGUGGCGCAGAUGUGCUUUUGCAACGGUUAAUCGUCGCGUGUGAUAGUGCAUGUUGGCUGAGAUGACAGAAGCCACACCGUGUGGGUGUCUACAGUAGUGAAUUGCAUCCGGGCGAUACAAUUCCCAUAUGGCAGGCAGUAUGACACACAGUACGCUUAGCCAAUGUAACAAAUUUCAUCGGUUCAACAACAUGUUGGCAAUAUUAUGACGCACCAGACUAGUAAACGAUUAAAGGUGCCUAGUGGUGCCUAUUCCCGACGUGUCAUCCCAUAGGACACCAAGCUGGCAGUGAGUGAAACGCCACAACCAUCGCGAGAGGAAAGUUUUUUGUACGGGGGCAAAAGGUAAAAGUGGCCCCCUCGGUAGCGAAAAGUUUUAGCAAAAAGUGAGAAAAAUGUAUUGUGCCAGUAUUAUGAAUAUCAUCUGUUGGCUGGUGGUGGUGACGUUAGGGUUGCUGGCCGCAGCAGCCCUCGAGCAGGUCGGAGCACACAGCCCCGGACCAGGGCCCGGACCGGGUCCGGGCGUAGUGAUCAUGCCCCGGCGCCGUUCAUCCAGCGACGGUGCGAUGCAGUCACGGGCGGUGGAAACGCGCGUCCAGUUCAACGUGUUUGAGAACGAACCGAAGGGUACGGUGGUGGGAUACAUUCCCACCAAGCCUGGCUUUACCUAUCGCUUCAAUGAACCACCGCGAGAGUUCAUACUCGAUGCGAAUACGGGCGAGAUCAAAACGAACGCCAUUCUCGACCGGGAAGCGUUACGGGCUGACCGUUACGAUUUGGUCAUACUUUCCAGCCAACCAACGUACCCGAUCGAGGUACGCAUCACGGUGCUGGACGUGAACGAUAAUGCGCCGGAGUUCCCGGAGCCGACGAUCGCUGUCUCCUUUUCCGAGAGUGCCAUCACCGGUACGAGGCUGUUGCUGGAUGCGGCCACCGAUAGUGAUGCGGGCGAGAAUGGAGUUACGGACGAUUAUCGAAUUAUCGCAGGAAAUCAUGAUGAAAAGUUUCGGCUUGCCGUUACAACUAGCCCGAACGGGGACGUCUACUAUCUGCAUCUCGAGACAACGGGCAAGCUGGAUCGUGAAAGUCGCGGCUUUUACGCACUCAACAUUUCGGCCCGUGAUGGCGGUGAACCGGCACGUUACGGUUACCUGCGCGUAAAUGUAACGAUUCUGGACGUAAAUGACAAUCCACCAAUUUUCGACCACAGUGACUACAUUGUGUCGCUAAACGAGAGCGUUCUGCCCGGGACGCCCGUUUUGCAGGUGAUGGCAUCGGACAGUGAUCUGGGCGAUAAUAGCAAAAUCACCUACUACUUGGCUGAUGCCGAAACACAGUUUACCGUCGAUCCGGAAACGGGUGUUAUUGCGACGACGGAGCAACUGACCUGCCCGCAUCAGAACUGUCACGAAGGGGGCCGAAGUUGCCCCAAAAGCUGUGUCUUUACCGUGUUUGCACGGGACCAUGGUACGCCGCGCCAGGACGGCCGUACGUACGUCACCGUGAAUCUGGUCGACACGAACGAUCACGAUCCGGUGAUACGCUUUCAGUACUUCCCACCGACCGGUAGGUUCGCGACGGUGGACGAAAACGCCGCCAACGGAUCGGUGGUAGCGGCCGUUUCGGUGGUAGACGCGGACGAAGGACUGAACGGUGACACCAGCCUGCGCAUUGUGGCCGGCAACGAUUUGCAGCACUUUCGGUUGGAGAAAUCACCCAGCUUUUAUAUCGUGCGUGUCAACGGUGUGCUUGAUAGGGAGGAAAUUGGCAAAUACAAUCUAACGGUGGUGGCGAUCGAUCGGGGCGUACCGCCCCGUACGGCAACUGCCCAUCUCAUCAUACACGUCAACGAUGUGAACGAUCACGAGCCGGUGUUUGAGAAAUCGGAAUAUUCGGCCGUGCUCAGUGAGCUUGCACCGCCCGGUACGUACGUGGCAAGCAUUACCGCAACGGACGAAGACACUGGGGUAAAUGCACAAAUUUUCUACGACUUUGUGGCGGGCAAUAAGGAUCAGUGGUUCCAGAUCGAUCCCGCGUCCGGACUCAUUACGACGCGUGCACCACUCGAUCGUGAGGUGCUCGGACAUGUGGAGCUCAGUAUCUCUGCCCGGGACGGUGGUCCCAAUCCGAAAUGGGCCCACACCCAGCUGAAGGUAACGAUUCUGGAUGAAAACGAUGAGGCGCCUGCCUUCGCGCAACCCUUGCUCAAUGUAACGCUCAGCGAAACAUCACCGCCACGUACGGUUGUUGUCUCGCUAGCAGCGGUCGAUCACGAUCAAGGCACCAAUGGAAGCGUUACGUACACGUUCCAUCCGAGUGUGGAGCGCAAUUACCCGAGUACCUUCGAGCUGGAUUCACUGUCGGGACAGAUCUCCACGCGCCGUUCGCUCGAUCGUGAACAGAUCGCGUCGUACACGCUGGUUGUGAUCGCCCGUGACCAUGGUUCACCGCCCCAGUCAUCCAGUGCGACCGUUCGUAUCACUAUCGCGGAUGCUAACGAUAACGAUCCCGAGUUGUAUCCGCGCGCAUUCUUCGUGCCGGUAAGUGAAACCGCUCCGGAAGGAACGCUGGUCGUACGGUUGACCGCUAUCGAUCGCGACGAGGGCGAAAAUGCGAUCGUGCAGUAUGAGUUGGUUAGUAGUCCAACAACGGAUGCAGCACUGUUUGCCAUUAAUGGGACAACUGGCGCACUAACGCUGCGCUCAAGUUUAGCAAAGUCGUCCAAGCCGGUUCACCGUGUGGUUGUUAGCUGUAAGGAUAGUGGAGGUCGUCGCGCUGCUCAGGACGCUGUUGUGGAGGUGGUUAAGGAGUCGCUCGUGGAAGAGAUUAGUUUCGAUGCACCGAUCGUCACCGGGUAUGACUUUCGGCUGCUCGAAGACAAUGGACGCGAUCGUCGCCAGAAGACGACACAAGAGCGAGAGGUAGGCCAGGUACGCGCCAGAUGGGCCACCGGUUCAUCUCCGGGAGCAUCAAACGUCGUGUUCUCGAUCGUGCGUGGUGAUGCCGCCGGUAGUUUUCGCAUUCACGAGCGCACGGGUGUCAUCAGCACCAGACAGCACAUCGAUCGGGAACAGUACGCAUUCUAUCGGCUCACAGUGGCAGCACGCAAUGGGCUCGCAUACGGCGAGACGACGGUAAACAUCACGGUGGUGGAUGUGAACGACAAUGCGCCCACCUUUCUGUACGAGCACGAUGAGAUUCGUCUGCCGGAAAAUGCAGCCGUCGGGCAGGAGGUGUAUGUGGCGAAAGCGAAGGAUGCGGACACCGGUCCGAACAGUCAGGUGCGUUUCGGGCUGAGCAGCAAUCCGGAAAAUUUGUUCCGCGUCGCCGAAUCGAGCGGUGUGAUUUACCUGAAUCGUUCGAUCGGUGUCGAACCGGGCACGGUACUGUCGCUGGAGAUUAGUGCGACGGACGGUGGUAAUCCACCGCUGACGACACGCACCACCGUACAGGUUACGGUGGAGGACGUGAACGAUCAUACGCCCGUGUUCGAUCACACCUCGUACGAAACUUCGUUGCUCGAAUCGAUGCCGGUGAAUUCGCGCUUUUUCGCACUGGCCGCAUCCGAUGCGGAUGUGGGACCGAACGGUCGCAUCUCGUACACGAUCGUGGAAGGUAAUGUGGAUGGGAAGUUUGGCAUCUUUCCCGAUGGUUAUCUGUUCGUGCGCAGUGCGCUGGAUCGCGAGGAGCGUGAUUACUACGCGCUGACGGUGGCGUGCGCUGACGAAGGUUCACCGGUGCCGCGCAGUUCCUCCGUACCGGUGAUCGUGCACGUCAUCGAUGAGAAUGAUAAUGCGCCACAGUUUACGAACGGUACGUUCGUGUUCAGUGUGCCCGAAAAUGAACCACCGGACACGUUUGUGGGCAAGCUGACGGCAAUCGAUCGUGACAUUGGGCGAAAUGCGGAGCUUAUCUACACACUUUCAUCGACGCCCUCGUCGGCAUCGCUAGCAUCGCCGGCCGGCAAGGAUCACGAGGAAGACUUUAGCAUCGAUUCACGGAACGGGUUCAUCCGGACACGUCGUUCAUUCGAUCGGGAAGCGCUUGGCGGACAGAACUUUCUCGCCCUAGAGGCAACGGUUUCGGACAAUGGUGUUGUGCGGUUGCGUGAUCGCGUUAAGAUUAAAGUAUUCAUCACGGACGUGAAUGAUAAUGCGCCGGUAUUUGUGCGGGCACCCUACCGGGUGCAAAUAUCCGAAGGGGCCACCAUUGGGACGCAGCUUGUGCGCGUUUACACGCACGAUGCGGACGAAGGAUUAAAUGGUGAUGUGUUUUACUACAUUGCCGAAGGAAAUCGUGCGGAGCGUUUCACUAUCGAUGAUUCUACCGGGCAAAUUACGCUGGCACGGGCACUCGAUCGCGAAACGACCGCUGCCUAUCAGCUCACGGUGGUGGCACAUGAUGCAUCGAAGCAACAUCGGUUGAGCGCUUCCACCACCGUUACGAUCGAGGUGCUGGAUGAGAACGAUGAUGCACCCGAGUUCACCCAAACACUUAGCCAAAUCGCGAUCGUUGAAACGACACCGAUCGGUACGGAGCUGAUGCGUUUCCGUGCGACCGAUCUCGAUCUCGGUGCAAACGCGCAGAUUGCUUUCUCCAUCGCGGCCGGCAACAGGCGGGACACGUUCCACAUCGACGCACUGUCCGGUGCGCUUUACCUUCACCGGAGUCUCGAUUACGAGGAUACGCAAAGCUACUCACUCAACAUCUCAGCCGCGGACGGUGGAAAUCCACGGCUUUCCACCACGAUUCUGUUUGCGGUGAAUGUGAUCGAUGCUAACGAUAAUCCGCCCGCCUUUCCGAACACGGCGAUCGUGCGCCAAAUUCGCGAAGGCAUACCGCUUAACACACCGAUCGUUACCAUCACGGCGGAAGAUCCCGACUCGGGAUUAAAUGGGAAGGUGCGGUACGAAAUCGCCCAUCAAGAUCCGCAGGAUGGUGACGGUGAGCGACACUUUGGCAUUAAUCCGACGACGGGCGUUAUUCACACGCUGCACCUGAUCGAUCGGGAAGCGAUCGAUACGUACCGGUUAACCGUGCUGGCCACCGAUCAAGCGGCCCCGCCCGCACAGCGACUUUCGGCGGAAAAGCUUGUCACCGUGAUUGUGGAGGAUGUGAACGAUAAUGCACCUGUGUUCGUAUCGAUGAAUGCCGCCAUCUUACCGUUGCGAGAUAGUGCCAUUACGGAGAUAAUGCGCAUACACGCGCUGGAUGCGGAUUCGAGUUCGAACGGCCUCGUCACUUAUGAGAUGAUCGGAGGCAAUAUGGAACUGUUCCAGCUACAUCGUACUACCGGUGUGAUAACUCUACGCAAAUCGAUCUCCAAACCCGACACCCGUUAUCAACUGUCCGUACGGGCGACCGAUGAAGCGGUACAGGCGGAGCGUAAAAGCAGCGACGCUUACAUUACCGUGCUUACGACCGGUGGUACAAACAGUGGUAGUGGAGGGCCCGUGUUCGCCAAAAAGGACCUUUCCGGUAGUGUAUCGGAGAACGAACCAAUAGGCACGAGCAUUUUAACGGUUUCGGCUUAUCUUAACUCCGUUUCGGACAUCGAGUACUACGUUACGAACGUAACGUCGGGUGUUAAUGGGCGACAGGUCAAUCGGCUUUUCGACAUCGACACCAAGCUGGGCAUUCUGUCGACUGCCGCCGAGCUUGAUCGUGAAGCCGGCAUCGAGCAUUACGACGUGGAGGUGUACGCGGUUGCCGUCGGUGCGGUCCCCAGAACAACCAGCACCCGGAUACGCGUCAAUGUACUGGACAAGAACGACAGCCCGCCAAGGUUCCAGAACCUCCCGUUGGUAUUCAGCGUGUCGGAAGAUUUGGCCGUCGGCCAGACGGUGGCGCGCAUCACCGCAACGGAUCCCGAUACGCUGGGAAAACUGGAGUACACACUGCUGGAAGGGGACGCACCCAAGUUCGCGCUGGAGCGGGAAACCGGUUUGCUAAAGCUGCGUGAUACGCUCGACCGCGAGACGGAAGAUUCGUACCGGUUGAAAGUCAGUGUGACGGACGGUAUUCAGAGCACCGAAACUACGAUCACUAUUCAGGUUACCGAUACGAACGACAAUCCACCGGUAUUUGCUGAGCCGGCCUAUUCGUUCGACAUUCCGGAGAACGCUAUGCGCGGUUUUCACGUCGGUGUGAUCGCCGCUACCGAUCCGGACGUUGGGACUAAUGCGGCCGUCACUUACACCGUCAUAUCGGACUGGGCAAACGAUGUGUUCUCGCUGAACCCGCAGACGGGCAUCUUUACACUAACAGCACGGCUCGAUUACGAAGAGGUACAACAUUACAUUUUGGUGGUUCAAGCACAGGACAACGGUUAUCCCAGUCUGUCCAGCACGCUCACCGUCUACUGCAAUGUGGUCGAUCUAAAUGAUAAUGCUCCAAUCUUUGACCCGAUGAGCUACUCCAAUGAAAUCUUCGAAAAUGCCCCAAUCAAUUCGGAUGUUGUGACCGUUAGUGCCACCGAUAUCGAUUCUGGAUCCAAUGGACGUAUUGAGUACUCGAUAACGGCCGGCGAUGAUAAUGAUGACUUUCAAAUCAUGGGCAAUGGCACCAUUCGUACCCGUCGAUCGCUCGAUCGUGAAUCGAAAAGCUCUUACAGUCUAGUGGUGACGGCUAGAGAUUGUGCCGUAGAACCUGAGAAACGGUUAUCGUCUACUGUGCAGGUUACAAUCGUGCUAAAGGAUAUUAACGAUCUAGCGCCCGAGUUUGUCACACCGAACGAAACGAGUGUGGCCGAGAACAUCCCGAUCAACACGGUGAUCAUGGCGGUCAAGGCUAUCGAUCGGGACGAAGGACGCAACGGAUACGUGGAGUAUCAGCUGGAUAGUCAAGGUUCGGCUACCAGUCCGUUCACGAUUGGGCAGGCAGACGGAUUGUUACGAGUAUCCGCACAGUUGGAUCGCGAAACUAAGCCAAGUUACGAGCUGAACGUUAUUGCUAAAGAUCGUGGUGAUCCGCCCAAGAUGACGCAGUCGCGAAUACUGAUCAACGUGCUGGACGAGAACGACAACAGUCCGAUCUUCGACCCAAAGCAGUAUAGUGCGGCAAUUGCAGAAAAUGCUAGCAUAGGAGCUAGUGUACUACAGGUAUCCGCUACCGAUAUCGACGAAGGCGCUAAUGGACGCGUGCGCUUCUCGAUAGCGGCCGGCGAUGACAACCGCGACUUUACCAUCAGCGAAGACAGCGGUGUGGUACGGGUGGCGAAAAAUCUCAACUACGAGCGCAAAUCGCUCUACGCCAUUACGGUACGGGCCGAAGACUGUGCCGGCGACACCGAGAACAGCGAGGUACGUUUCGAUACCGCCCGGUUAUCGAUCACGAUCACAGACAUCAACGACAAUCCGCCGACCUUUCUCGAUUCACCGUAUCUCGCCUACGUGAUGGAGAAUGUCAUCCCACCGAACAAUGGUUACGUUAUCACUGUGCGGGCGUACGAUGCGGACACGCCACCAUUUAACUCCCAGGUACGCUACUUUCUCAAGGAAGGCGAUACGGACUUCUUCAAGAUCAACGCAUCGACGGGCGAAAUAUCACUACUACGGGCGCUGGAUCGUGAAAUGCAGGAAGAGUACAUUCUGACGCUCGUUGCAAUGGAUACGGGCUCACCACCCUUAACGGGAACCGGCACAGUGCGUGUCUUGGUACAGGACAUUAACGAUCACAACCCACAGUUCGAGCGGCAAUCGUACCAGGCGACGAUAGCGGAAAAUCUACCGAUAGGCACACGGGUACUGUGGCCGAAGGCCACCGAUCGUGAUGCGGGUCUGAACGCAAAGAUUCGCUACACGCUGCUCGGUGAGCAUUUGAGCCGCUUCCGACUGGACGCCGCCAGCGGUGAAAUCACCACCGCUGCCGUACUCGAUCGCGAGGAUAUGGCCAUCUAUCACUUUACGCUGAUGGCACAGGACAGCUCGACAACAGAGCCGCGAGCGACGCUCGUCAAUCUCACAGUGAACGUGCAGGACGUGAACGAUAAUAGUCCGGCAUUUAGUGCACCUACAUUCCACGUCAAUGUGCCGGACCGUAUCAAACCGGGCCAGUUCGUGUUCGGGGCGAAAGCGAUCGAUCGCGACGAAGGUGUCAAUGCGCGGCUGUUGUACUCGAUCGUUGGGACGGACGCGUCCAAGUUUCACAUCAACGAACAUACCGGUGUGAUCGAGGCGACGACCGAACUAUCGAUGCCGCUGUCCGGCGCGAAUAUUGAUCGCGUCUUCCGUUUGACGAUCGUGGCAAAGGAUCAGGGUUAUGAACCGCGCACGGCAACCUGCGAACUUGCGAUCUCGUUACGAUCCGCUCAUCUCUUCCCGGUGUUUUCGUACACCUCCGAAACGCAGUUCGUACUGCCGGAGGAUAUCGCAGACGGGAAGAUGGUGACGAAGCUGGCAGCAACUUCACCAAAGAAAGGUUCCGUAGGUACCAUACGGUACGCGAUUGCGGGAGGCAACAUUGACGAUGCACUGCGCAUUGACUCCAGUACCGGUGAAGUUGCGGUAAAUCGUAACGGGCUGGAUUACGAACGACAUCAGCAAUACGAAGUUUGGAUCGAAGCUGCUGACUCGGAUCGUCCAAGCCUGCGCAGCGUACUGCAACUAAUUGUGAAUGUAACCGAUGCGAACGACAACCCGCCCGUGAUGGAUCGACCUGUAUAUAUGGCGGAAGUGCUCGAAGAAGAAUCGCCCUCACAACUGGUGACGAAAGUGUCCGCCACUGAUGCGGACUCCGAGGAGAACGGUCAGAUUACCUAUCGUUUGCGGGAUGAUUUUGAAAGUUUCGAAAUCAACACGGAUACUGGCGAAAUUUACACAACCACACGGCUGGAUCGGGAAGAUAUUGCACAGUAUACGCUGAUUGUGGAGGCAGUUGACCAGGGUGUACCGCAGCUGACCGGUAGUGCUACGGUGCUUGUAAAUGUGCUGGAUAAAAAUGAUAAUCCACCCAAGUUCACGCGGCUCUUCUCCGUCAACGUAACGGAAAAUGCCGAAAUUGGACAAUUUGUCAUUAAAAUCACGUCCUCUGAUUCGGACAUUGGUGUUAACGCGAAUGCCACAUACAUCUUCACGGAAAAUUUGGGCAAUAAGUUCUCGAUCGAUUCAACUACCGGUAAUGUAACAGUGGCCGGACAUCUGGAUCGUGAGCAGCAGGAUGAGUACAUUCUAAAGGUGGCUGCCGUUGAUGGUGCCUGGCGGACAGAGACACCGCUCACCAUAACGAUCCAAGAUCAGAAUGAUAAUGCGCCUGAGUUCGAGCACAGUUACUACAGUUUUAACUUCCGCGAGUUGCAAAAGGCGGUCACGUUCGUUGGUCAGGUGAUUGCUACGGAUCGUGACAAGCAGGGCCCUAACUCGGUUAUUUCAUAUUCGCUACAGCAACCGUCCGACUUGUUCACCAUCGAUCCAGCGACCGGUGAAAUCUUUAGCAAGCGUCGCAUUCACUACAAGCACACACAACUGGAGGCUUCGCCCGAAAAUAGCUUCACGCUGACAAUUCUCGCUACCGACAAUGGUAAGCCUCCGAUGUACACCGAGUGUGUGGUGAAUAUCAACGUAGUAGACGCCAACAACAAUCCACCGGUGUUUGGGCAGAGCGAAUAUAUGGCGCCUGUACCUGAGGGUGCCGAAAUCGGUCAACGGAUCCUGCAGCUAACCGCCCGUGACGAGCUUGACUUUGGUGUGAAUGCUGAAAUUGAGUAUCACAUAGUUGGCGGUAACGGAUCCGAGCAGUUCGCCAUCAAUAAGCUUGACGGUUGGAUUGUCGUCGGUCGAAAGUUGAGCGAAGUUGCAGCAAACCCUGGUACGGUGUACAUGCUGCAGGUGCGUGCCGUUGAUCGUGGUGUACCGCCGCAGCAGGACGAGGUUAGCGUUACGAUCGUCGUGACCGGUACGAACAGAUUUGCACCGGUCUUUCAAAGUCCCUCCUAUCAAGUGAUUGUGCCAGAAAAUGAGCCUGUCGGUUCCACGAUCCUUACGGUCAGUGCACCGGACAAUGAUGAUGGCCCAAACGGAAUGGUGCGCUACGCAAUACUAGCCGGAAACGAACGGAACGAUUUCAUGGUACACAGCGUGACCGGAGCCGUUAGCAUCCGUCAAUCGCUUGAUUUUGAUCUUAUACAGGUGUACCAGCUGAACAUAACUGCCGAGGAUCUUGGCUACAAACCGAAACGUUCCAUCGCGAUGGUCACAAUCACGCUCACCGACAUUAACGACAACGCGCCAUAUUUCAAUCAAUCGCUGUACGAUGCAUACGUUGCUGAGAAUUCACCGGCAAACACGGUCGUGUACCGGGCACAGGCGCACGAUCGUGAUUCGCCUAAAAAUGCCAUUAUCAACUACGCCAUCGUAGGAGGCUCGGGACGGGAACUGUUUGCUAUCGAGACUGCCACCGGUAUCAUUACGUCCAGAGCGACAUUCGAUUACGAAGAGCAGGACCAAUAUACGCUAUCCAUCUCGGCCUACAAUCCCGACUCACCGAUGCGCAAUGAAACGAAGGUGAUCGUACACGUGACCGGCGUGAACGAGUACUUUCCCAAGUUUAUCCAACCCGUCUUCCAUUUCGACGUAUCUGAAUCGGCUGAAGUUGGAUCGAGUGUGGGUAUCAUAGAAGCAACCGACAAGGAUGCUGGUGAGGAUGGUAAGGUGUACUACCUGCUGGUCGGUUCGAGCAAUGACAAAGGAUUCAGUAUUCAUUCGAGCACUGGCGUACUAGUGGUAUCGCGCAAUCUUGAUCGUGAGACACAAUCUCGUGUAGUGCUGACGGUGCUGGCAAAGAACUAUGGUGGUAUCCGAGGAAACGAUACGGAUGAAGCUCAGAUUAUUAUUUCCAUCCAGGAUGGUAACGAUCCACCAGAGUUUCAGCGAGAACUCUACGAGGCUAGUGUUUCUGAAGGUGAUCCAAUCGGAACAAAAGUCAUCGCAGUAAAGGCCGUAGACAAGGAUGUACGGCCGCAGAAUAAUCAGUUCAGCUUCUCAAUCAUCGGUGGGAACAAUGAUCAUUCGUUCAAGAUUGAUCCGCAGACGGGACAAAUUGAAACGGCACGCAAGCUAGAUCGCGAAACAGUUCCGCUGCACAAAUUGCUCCUAGGUGCGAUCGAUACAGGCACGCCUCCCCAAACGGGCACUACGGUUGUGCGAAUCACCGUUACUGAUAUUAAUGAUAAUGGACCUACGUUCGAUCCGAAAGACACUAUUGGAGCAGUGCUGGAAAAUGAACCACCUAACACCGUAGUCAUGACGCUGGCCGCAAGUGAUCCCGACCUUCCACCAAACGGUGCUCCCUUCACGUAUCAGCUUGUCGGUGGUCGACACAAGUCUCUGUUCACGCUCGAGCGUCAUUCCGGGGUGCUGAAGACGGUACGCAGUCUUGAUCGUGAGCAAACACCACAGCUAGAACUGCUUGUCGAGGUGGAAGACAAUGGAAAGCCGCGUAAACGAACCCAGCACACGAUUACCGUGAACGUGUUGGAUCAAAACGACAGUCCUUCGACACCACGAACUGCACACGUGCUGGUGUACGUAUUUGGCGGUGGUCCCGUACAUGGCGAUAUUGCCAGUGUGCACCCGAACGAUCCCGAUAUCACCGGCGACUAUCGUUGCAAACUGCUAACCGACGUCAACAAGCAACCCGUAACGGCAUUCACGAUUGCGAACGGUUGUCAGCUGCGGCCUACCAACCCUAGCCGUAUUCCCACAAGUGGUCAUACGUUCCUGGUGUCUGGAAAUGACGGCAAGCAUCCAGACGUCACAUCCACAGUUUCGGUUGAGUUCCUGCACUUUGAUAAUGCAACGAUUGAUCAGUCGAUCACGGUUCGCCUGGAGAACAUCAGUAGUGCUAACUUCCUUGCUAACUACUAUCGCAACUUCGUGGACAUAGUAAAAGCAUCACUUGAACCAGCCGACGAUCUGAUCUUGUACAGCCUGCUAAAUGCUGGGAAAGCACUUCAUGUCACGUUGGCAGUACGGAACACACCGCUCAAAGGCUACCGAUCAAAGCAGCACGUGAUCGAUCGGAUCUCCCGCAAGCUUGAAGCAGUUGGACAGCUGCUUCCUAACGUUCUUACUACGGUUGGUUAUGAUCCGUGCCGUUCGAAAGAUACGUGCGCAAACGGUGGUGUAUGUAGCGCUCGCAUCCAGGUAUACCCCGAGGAGGACAACCGUAUCACCGAUAGUCAGUCGCUUGUAUUUGCUUCACCACCGGUGCGGCACGAUUUUGCCUGCGCCUGUCCGGAUGGAUACACUGGGGCACGGUGCGAUAAACGUCAGGACCCUUGCUCACCAAACCCUUGUCAAGCCGGAGGACAAUGUCGUCGGCAGGGAUACGAUUUCCAGUGUACUUGUCCAGCAAACCGAGAGGGAAAAUUCUGUCAGCUGGAGCGCGGUGACAUUUGCUCGAGUGGUCCCUGUAAGAAUGGGGGUUCUUGUCGCGAAAGUUCCGACGGGUCGUCCUUCUUCUGUCUCUGUCGCCCAGGCUACCGGGGCAAUCAGUGUGAAACCGUGGCAGACUCAUGUCGUCCCAAUCCGUGCCUGUACGGUGGGCUGUGCGUUAGCCUUAAGCCGGGUUAUAAAUGCAGCUGCGUCGAAGGCCGGUACGGUCGACACUGUGAGAAAACGACGUUUGGGUUCCGUGAACUGUCUUACAUGGCGUUCCCGGCACUUGAUUCAGCCACCAACGAUAUUUCGGUUGUGUUUGCUACCACUAAACCAGAUGCGUUGCUGAUCUACAACUACGGUAUUCAAAGCGGUGGCCGGUCCGAUUUCGUUGCAAUGGAAAUUGUGAAUGGACGGGCGGUGUUUUCUUACGGCGGUGCGCGGACUGCCAUUACUUCGCUUGUGGUGGGUAAAAGCACAUUAACUGCAAACGGACGGAAUGGUUCCAUUUCGAAUGGCGAUUGGCAUAAAAUCACGGCCACCCGUAAUGGUCGCGUUAUGUCGCUGAGUGUUUCCAAGUGCACAGACAAUGGCGACUAUUGCGACGAUUGCCGUCCGGGCGAUUCCAGCUGUUACGCUGACGAUACGGGACCUACAGGAACGCUGAAUUUCAACAAGCAUUAUCUGCUGGUAGGAGGACUUAUGGCCGCGGAUCCGGUACUAGAACGUCCAGGUCAAGUACAUUCGGAUGACUUGGUAGGAUGCGUACACAGUGUCUCCAUCAAUGGACGGGCGUUAAAUUUAAGUAAUCCGAUUAAAUCUUUCGGCAUCGAAGCGACGUGUCAGCGCAGUACCGGGAGCAACGGCCCGUGUGGUCUCGGUUUACCCGAGGAUCCGGCCCAACCACUCUGUGGCCCGUACGGCCAAUGCAUGGACCGAUGGCAUACAGCCAUGUGCCGCUGCGGUGGAGCCAUCUUGUCACCCGACUGUUACAGCUCGCUGGACGCAUAUUCCCUCCAGGACGGUGCGUUCAUUGAAUUCGAGAUAACGGAAAAACACAAACGUAUGCAGCUGCUGGAGAGCAUCUACAGCGGUAAGAGUUGGAUCUGGAGCUACGAUGUAACACGUAGCAAGCGCCACGAUGGUCAUGUCACUCCCACGCUAACGAUCGCCGAGGAUCCACCCAAGUAUAUGAGCAUCAUGUUCAAAACGAACAAACCGAGCGGCGUACUGAUAUAUGCCGCCACGAGUAGCAAACACUAUACCGCUAUCGAGUUGCGACAUGGCCGUCUUUCAUAUACCUCGCAUCAAACGUCCUUUGUGAACGUAUCCGCAUCUGCCAGCGGUGGACAGGAGGGUGUUUCGCUAGCUGAUGGCAAUUGGCAUAAUGUUACGUUACAUUCACAUAACCGCGUGCUGCAAGUUUUGGUCGAUGGACGAAUUGUGGUACCGGAGCUGGAUGCGACAGGUGUACACGACUUUCUGGACCCGUACCUAACCGUAUUGGCAAUCGGAAACGUCCGGCGUGAGUACUUUAGUGCUGGCGAUACCGAACCAAUGCCCGCCUACUUCCAGGGUUGCCUGGCCAACUUCACCAUCAACGGUGAGGUACAGCCGUUUAACGGUUCGGGCAGUAUCUUCCGCAGUGUCGUACACCGGGGUAACGUAGCGCAAGGCUGUGUCUGGAGCGUGCUCGGCACGGCACAGGUUACGAAUCCGCUUAACAUUGGCAUCACGCUAGUGAUCGUAUUUUUCGUGAUGCUUUUGAUAGGCAUCUUUAUCUCGUUUCUGGUGGUGCGUUGCCGUCGUCAGCAUAAAGAAAAGAGUGGUGCCCUUGGACACUCGUCUACUGCAUUACAUUCUAAGCAAAAUGGAACCAGCGGUUCGACACUACUGGCCGGAUCGGGGCUGGUCUCUUCCGGUGGUUUGCACAGCGACGGUAGUGGGCGCGGUUUGCACACAAAUGAUCUGUCCGUCGUCGGAUACCACUCGGAAGGCAGUGAUAUGCUGCGUGGCGUCAGUGGUCAUCAUCUGGUAGGUCCGGAACUUAUCUCGAAGAAGUAUAAAGAGCGCGACCUCGGUACAUCGGAACCACAGAGACCUCAACGGCCCGAUAUUAUUGAGCGAGAAGUAGUGAGUAAGAGUCCACCGUUACCACCACCGAGUCAGUCCCAUCAUCCGUCGGCACCUCACGAUCACACAAAUAACCCAUCCUCUAUGGAUUUGGGCUCGGAAUAUCCGGAGCACUAUGACCUCGAGAAUGCCAGCUCCAUCGCGCCAUCCGAUAUCGAUAUUGUGUAUCACUACAAGGGCUAUCGGGAGGCAGGUGGUGUGCGUAAGUAUAAGGCCACUCCACCGCCCGUUGCGUCCGCUUAUACCCAUCACAAGCAUCAGACGUCGGCGGCGGCGACUCAACAGCAGCACCGCCAUUCGCCACAUCAUGCAGCUGCCGGUGGGCCAUAUGCGCCCCGGGUUUUGCCACCGCCUCAAGCUAGUCAACCACCGCCAUCGAAUGGAGCAGCACAUGCGCGCCAACACCAGUCAACACCACUAGCGAGACUCUCACCAAGUUCGGAGCUUAGCUCGCAGCAGCCACGUAUCCUCACGUUGCAUGACAUCUCCGGCAAACCACUGCAGAGCGCAUUGUUGGCCACGACAUCGAGCUCGGGUGGCGUGGGAAAAGAUGCAUUGCACAGCAAUAGUGAGCGAAGUCUCAACAGUCCCGUCAUGAGUCAGCUUUCUGGCCAGAGUUCGAGCGCGCGUAGUCGUAGUAAGAAUCCGAACGGUGUACCUUCGCAACCACCGAACGUAGUAUCGGUCAGUUCGGUCGUGGUGCCGGUAGGUCACGGCGGUAUGGGUCUCACGGCUGAGGAGAUUGAACGACUGAAUGCACGCCCUCGUACGUCCAGUCUCGUCUCUACGCUGGAUGCAGUUUCCAGUAGCAGUGAGGCACCGGCACGUGUACCAGCUCCACACCUUUCACACAUGCACCAUUCGCCGGCAGACAUUGAUGCGCAUAGUUCUACCUCCACCGACGAGAGCGGCAAUGAUAGCUUCACUUGCUCGGAGAUCGAGUACGAUAACAACAGCCUAAAUGGUGACUCAGGUCCUCCGAACAACGUUGUCGUUGGCGGCAAAUAUGGAAAGGGUCGUGACGAUCCUGGCAGACGAAACGAUGUAGGCGGAGGUGGUGGCGGAGGCCCUGGAGGAGUUAGUGCCGGCGUAGGCAAUGGAAGUGGUGGUGGUGGCAAAGGAGCUCCCCAUCUUCCGCCAGCCUCAUCAUACGAUGGUUUCGAUUCUUCGUUCCGAGGAUCACUCAGCACCCUUGUUGCGUCGGACGAUGAUCUGUCCAGCCACAUGGUUGGUAUCUACCGGCAACCGAAUGGUGGUGCUGCCUCACCAUCAGCUACCGGUUGGGAUUAUCUGCUGAACUGGGGCCCAAAUUUCGAGAGCCUCAUGGGAGUGUUUAAGGACAUUGCCGAACUGCCAAGUGACGUAACGGUCAAUGGCCGUGUGCCAAACUCGCUGCGUAUUCCUACCAGCGUUCAGUCAAAACCCUCCGAAGAGUACGUUUGA